CUUGUAUACAGACGUACACAUCAUAGUGUUCUUCUUGUAUUCAUUUGCAGAAUGUCUAUCCUAUGUUUACACAUAUGCAUAGUAAGUGUGUUGCUUAUAUCUGGUGGCCAUGCCGUACAGCUUCACAGCUCUGAGUUGGAAUCUUCCAGCAGCAUCUUGCAUCCCUCCGCCAAUGUACGCUGGUCCGGGGCCCCUUUUCGCAACAGGACUGGCAUGGGUCCUGGAAGAUGGUUGAAAGGUUUUCUGGACACUCCUUUGGAUCAUGAUGAUACUCACUGUGCCCAUCAAGCAAUGCAACGUACGCAAUCGACGCAAGACCAUGUAGAAAAGCUUGUGCAGGACAGCUCAAACAAGCUGUGUCCGACGGUGUCACUUCCCAUUGUUGCGCGUCUGGCUGAUGUACAACCAGCACCUCUCGGACCGAUGCUGCUACACUGUGGUGGGCCUAGCAGUGGUAAAGAGUGUAUAAACAUAUUUAUCAACGGCACUACCGAGUUCUACGGCGCGCCGCGAAUGGAUAGUAGAUUGUUGGCCAGCUACGACAUAAUCGGUAUAGACCAGCGAGGGGUUCAGGACAGCCGACCUAGUGUGAACAGUAUAGUAUGUUUCCCUUCGAACCUGUCAGAUACUGAACAGGUACUUGCCGCUAUUUCAAAUCGCACAGCAGUUCAAAAGGAAGUGUACAACGAUCCCAAAUAUCACUAUCCCAAUGGGAAGAACUUUCUCGACUACACGAGCACACGAGACUUCGCCUUCGACUUGGAUCUUCUACGUCAAAGCAUCGGAGCCAAACAACUCAGCAUCAUGGGAUUUUCUUAUGGAACUUUAGUGGGUGCCACAUACGCGACCCUUUUCCCUGCACACGCAGGUCGUAUUCUUUGUUUGGGACCGGUCCUGUCUACUGUUGAUGCGUCGGCAUUUAGUGAGGGGACUGCACAGGCUUAUGAGGGCGUGCUCACACGUGUUCUUAGGCUGUGUGAUAAACAACAAGGGUGUCCCGCUGGACCGGAUUCUCAGAAAAUGUUGAUAGAUGUACUCGAUAAUGUGAAACGCGGGGUUUAUUCAUCCAGUGAUGGGAAGACCUUGAUGGAAACCGUGUUUUACAACUAUGUCAAGGAGCAUAUAAGGUACUCGGUAGCCUACUACCAUUUAUUGAGCGUGGUAGCCGGUAUCUCCAAGCACGACCAGGCAACAAUCGACGAGGUUGUGGCGUACAGACCGGUGGACAACCGUGGAUUGUGGUGUGAUGUUGGCGAAGUGGGUGCCGUUUCCAAUAUCCAUGGUUCCGAUUAUACUAGCCGGCUUGGUCCUCCAGAGAUGCUUGGUGAGAUAGAGCGAAGGGCUCGCCUGUAUCCUCUAGGGGGCCAGUUCGAAGCCUUAUGGUAUCAGCUGGCCUUGUCUGGGUCUCAGAGUAUGCCCCGACCCGUACGGCUGGGUGAUCCCGAUAUACCGGUCCUGGUGGUGGGUAAUCUCUACGACUCCGCUACCAGUUACAAAUGGUCUGCAAGUCUGAGUAAUGCUUUCCCCAACGGCCAGCUCAUCACGUUCCAGGGAGAUGGACAUUGUAUGGCCGAGGCAGCGGUUGGCUACGCACGUGAGGACGCGAGUCAGUGCCAGGCCGUCCUGAACCAGUUCCUACUAGAAGGCUCCAUAGACCCCUCCAUCACACUGUGUCCUGUGCAUGCCGAGCCCAACACUACGGCCGAAUAUGUACCCUGGACGUGGGAGGAUGUGGAUUCAUAUUCGACACGAAAGUUAUGAGCAGGCUGUUGUGAGUGUUCUGGGUGUAUCGAGAGAGGAUAAGAACAACCCCGCAGACACCUGCCAUUGGAUUUAACAUGACCAACCCUCAGCAAGAUCAAUAACGAAUGUACCAACUGUAUUGACCGUAUAUUAUAUAUGGGCAGCGGAUGAUUAGUUAGUUAUCGUGGGCAGCGGAUGAUUAGUUAGUAAUUGUAACCACUAGGUCGUGAGCGAUGUCAGAGCACGAGCUCACAUGCACUGUAGCUGUCCCACAAUGCAACCUUUGCUGUGUGUAGCAUCGUUGUACUACUACCACCGCAUCAACAAAGCGGAAAGGUCAUCUAGGCCAAAAAAAAAAACCCAACAAUCAAGAAACUAACCUUAAGCAACUG